AUGAGCGCCGGGUCUCUGAACACUGUCCUUGACACGUUCGAGACAUAUGGCUCUGGUUGGUACCUAUUUGGUGACUCGUCAAUAUUGUCUCCACCACUUCACCGAAAGACUCAGAAAGUACCCUGGAUCACACGUCUGCUUGGUUAUCGACACACACAAGAGCUGGGUUCUUUGGCGACAUCUUUCACAGGACCAGGAAAUCAGGCUGUUGUUUACCGCAGUGCCUCUCAUGAACCCGAUCUUUACGGACCUGACUUUCACUUCGAAGAGUAUCUCCCAGCGAAUGGUGUACUAUCCGCUGCUUUUGUGCACUUCCUCACCAAAACCUUUCUCGUCCUCCUAUCCAUUCCUUUCAUCCGUUGGCUGAUGAGAAGAUUCGCAUCGGGCAUGGACUCGGCUCCUGACAUAAAACAGCUGCGGGUUGUGGAGCGGGCAGAGUUCCGUGCUGUUGGAAGCGAGAGUGGAGGGGCCAAACCUACAGUUUGGGCAUCCUUUGCACGGGAAGGGGCACUGUAUGAGCUCACUGCGCUUGUCACCUGUGUCGGAGCGAGGGUACUGCUUGAUCACAAGAUAAAUGCCGACAAGGUGGGAAAGGACGCUCAUGGACAUGGGGGAGUGGUCACACCAUCAUUUUUGGGGAUGGAAUAUGUGGAUGGAUUGAAAGAUGCUGGAAUUAAGAUUGAAGUUGGGUUGUUGUAA